AGCGGCGCUUCCGACUGCGGCUGCGCGGUGAUGGCGGCGCCCGGCUCGGGGAUGGAGGUGCUGGUGUGCGCGCGCGGGCGGAACCGCAAGGCCGUGCUGUGCCAGCGCUGCGGGUCCCGCGUCCUGCAGCCCGGCGCCGCCACCUUGGCCCGCAGGCAGCUUUUCCUACCUUCCAUGAAGAAGAAGACGGCCCUGGCUGAGAGCGGCUCCCCUGACGGGGACGUGCUGCAGGACCACUGGCUGGUGGAUGACAUGUUUUCCUUUGAAAAUAUCGGAUUCACGAAGGACGUUGGGAACAUCAAGUUCCUUAUCUGUGCGGACUGUGAGAUCGGGCCCAUUGGCUGGCACUGCCUAGACGACAAGAAGAGCUUCUACAUCGCCUUGGACCGUGUUUCCCAUGAGUGACAGCUGGAGCAACGCUGGUUCCCCCUGAGGUCCUCGCAGCCAGCGUAGCCAUUUCAUGCAUCUCCAUCAUGCACUAAUAUGAAUCUGUUCAUACAACACGUGGACUUGAACCUGUCAUGAACUCAUCUGAAAUGGCUUAUUUAAGGCAAUGUGCAAUUACUCAUACAUUCAUCAACUUCUGGUCCAUCCUUUCAUUGUAUUAUGGAGGUGGGGGUGGCAGUUUUAUGAUUUUUGUCUGAUUUUUUUUUUUUUUUUACUCCUGAUUCAAGGGCAUUUUCUAGUUCUGUUUGGAGGUGUUAAAGUAAGGACAUAUUUCUUGUUUCUACCAUGUGUCUUAUCCACGCUAACUCAUUGUUUGUGUCCUAAUACUGUUUAAAUGUUGACUAUACUAUUGUGAUGUGUUACAUUUAAAAUGUUUAUCCUCUAAGUAAAUGACUAACUAGAAACUACAUCUGAUAAUAGGGGUAACUAGGUAGAAUUCUGUUUAGUUUUUGUGGCAUUUCAUCCAGUGAUAAUGGUUUCCCAUUGUGUUUUGACCUAAAGGGCUUGUCAUUUUUACCAUUCAUUAAAAAAAUUACAACAAGGGCAGCUUUGUCCCUAAUUCUAAAAAAGGAUGACUUUCCCACUUGCUCUUUUACUGCUUGAAUUUUCCUUGGCCAGGCAGUGAAGAUAAUCUGGGAUACCAUGGAGACAGUAGUAAGAAAUCUGAGUUUUCUGUGAGAGACAUUCAUAGUAAAACUACAAGCAGUUGAUGUACUUGAUCUGCUGUCAUUAUGAAUAUUCAUAUUUGAGUAAAUGAA